GACCUGGGUCGGUAGUACUCGUGAUAUAUCAAAAACCAGUAUACUGCAAGUACUACUGAGCGAAUGGCUGCAUAUUUCUGAAUUUUUCUAAAAUGUUUUCAUUCAAAUUCCGAUUGAAUUUUGAAGUAUUUAUAUCGUAUAUUCCCGCUCGUUCUUGUAGUUCAUAUUUUGUCCAUUCGUGUCGCUGAAGUCAUAUGCGUCUUGAACGAAAGUGACAACCUUAAAACAUAAAAAUCGGUUAAAUUUAAUAUUUUUAAGUUGGCUUCCAUGUAUAGUCAGCCAUUCUAAUAAAUUAUGGCGGGAAAACUUACUAAUACUUAUUGUGAUACAUUCUGUAGACUUCCGUAAAUGAAGAUCUGUGAAUAGUUAAAAUAUUUGUGGAAAAUUUAUUUUUUUAUAUAAACAAAUCUUUAUCAGUGAUUAUUCGAAGAUGGGUAUUUUGGGUUUAUCAAAACUAAUUGCAGACGUAGCACCUAGUGCAAUCAAGGAACGGGAAUUAAAACAUUAUUUUGGUAGAAAAAUAGCUAUAGAUGCAUCUAUGUGUUUAUAUCAAUUUCUGAUCGCUGUUAGGAGUGAAGGAGCACAGCUUACAUCAAUUGAUGGUGAAACAACAAGUCAUUUAAUGGGAACGUUCUAUCGUACUAUACGUUUGGUAGAACAAGGUAUAAAACCUGUAUAUGUUUUUGAUGGAAAACCACCAGAUUUAAAAGGUGGAGAACUUGCAAAACGAGCUGAAAGAAGAGAUGAAGCACAGAAAUUGUUACAAGCUGCAGAAGAAGCAGGAAAUGCCGAGGAUGUUGACAAAUUUAAUAGAAGACUGGUUAAAGUUACAAAAACUCAUACAGAAGAAGCUAAGCAGUUACUUAAAUUAAUGGGUGUACCAUAUGUUGAUGCUCCAUGCGAAGCUGAAGCUCAGUGUGCAGCUUUGGUAAGAGCUGGAAAAGUUUAUGCAACUGCGACCGAAGAUAUGGAUGCCCUUACUUUUGGGUGUGAUGUUUUAUUACGUCGUUUAACUUUCAGUGAAGCUAGAAAAAUGCCUGUUCAAGAGUUUCAUUAUGAUAAAGUGUUAGAAGGUUUAGAGUUGAAUAAGGAUGAAUUUAUUGAUCUUUGCAUUAUGUUGGGUUGUGAUUAUACAAAUAGUAUUAAAGGAAUUGGCCCUAAAAGAGCAAUAGAACUGAUCAGAAAGCAUAAGUCUCUGGAAACAAUUAUAGAAAAAUUGGAUACAAAAAAAUAUACUGUACCAGAAGAUUGGAAUUAUCAGCAAGCAAGAUUAUUAUUUCAAAAUCCAGAUGUGACAAGUACUGAUGAUAUUGAGCUGAAAUGGUCAGAACCCGAUGAAGAAGGUUUAGUGAAGUUUUUAUGCGGUGACAAACAAUUUAGUGAAGAUCGUGUUAGAAGUGGCGCAAAAAAAUUAUUUAAAGCCCGUAACACAACAACUCAAGGUAGACUUGAUUCAUACUUUAAAGUAUUACCAGCUACAAGUCCAAAUCCACAAAAGCGUAAGGCAGACGAAAAGAAAGGAACAACUAAAAAAGGUAAAACUGCUGGUAAUAGCAAAUUCAAAGGAAAAGCAAAAUGAAAUUAAAUAAUUAAUGCAAUAAUAAUUACUAUGUCUCGAUAUAAACGUUUUCAAUUAUACUUUUAUUUUAUAUCUAAAAUCUACUAUACGCCUAAUAAUAAUUCAUUCCAUUAAAAACAAUACAUUUAUAUCAUUUAUUUAUUUAUUAAGUGUUUCAAAUUAAUUUAUAUAUAUCUACAAUUUCCAUGUCUUGUAAACUAUAUUUCAAUAAUGGUUUAAUAACCUAAUAUAAGAGAAUACUUGUAUCAACAAAUAUAAAUUUAUUCUUUUUUAAGUGUAUUACUCGUUAUUUUUUUUUUUUAAUCUUUGUAAAAGUUUAUUGUCUUCUUAUCCUUUUUACAAUUAUUA